UGCUGCUUUCUUUUUAUGAAUUAUUCAGCCGAGUCAUCAUCUCUCUCGUGCUGGUAUGGAGGGAUGUAUAAGUGCAGUGACUUUUUUCGACGAUUGCUGAGAUUUUGAGGGCUUUCUAGUAGCGAGAAUUAUUAAAUUCAAGCGCAAAAAUAAGACCUAUACUGGAAUAAAAAUUACUUAACUCGAUCUUUAUUUUUCAGAAACGCUAUACUCGUACUGCAGUACUAUCCGUCCAAACGCACCCAAACAACGCAUCAGUGCAGAGAAGCUCGUAACUCGAUACGAAAAUUUUUAUGGAAGUUCGUAGCGGCGGCGCCUGAUGGGAGCAGCUGAGCAAACCGAAUUAGUAUGCACUAGAUCAAUGGCCGCUCAAGGUUACGAAGACUACGUGUCGCGCCUCCCACUGAAGACGAACGAAGGCUAUGGAACGAUACAGGCGAAGGAGAGGAAACCAGUUGUUCUCGAUCUCUUGGACCGCUCGCUAGCGUCCGUUGAGAGCCGGUAGACUGUAGUCCCGAGAAAAUGUAUUUUUGAAGCUGCUUAUAGCACAAGUUUUGAUUAUGUGAACCGAAUGCACGAGUGAAGUUCGCUAUGCUGUGAUAAUAAUUGUUAAUAUUUUUCAAUAGUAUAGACGUCUAUGAGGUUUAUACGUGUAGUGGUGAACAGAAUAACGAUGUCUCGGACGCUCAGAAGGAACGUUCCCAAAUUUUUGGUUUUAUUCACUGUCGGGGCAUUGUUUUUUCUGCUUCUGGUUAGGAGUAAACUCGUCAGAUCGUACGAUGAACCGGAGUACAAGAAGCAAGACACCGAAAGAGCAAAGAGGGAAGCAGAAAUAGAAAACCGAGAAAGGAUCGCUCGAGUCAGAAGAGUAUGCAAGAAGUAUCAAAUGGGUCCUUUCAAAACAGCUAGUUCCGAAGUGGAAUUCAAAGAGCCUCCUGCGCCUCAGUACAGCGUCUUUUACAUAGACAGUAAGCACAACAUAUCGUACUGUCCGAUUUACAAGUCUGGAAGUACCACGUGGAUUUACAACUUGUGUUUAUUAAACGGAGUCAGCGAAAAGGAACUUUCAAGUGGAAAAGAACAAAUUUCCGUUAUCGCCAGGCGAAUCAUACCCGAGCUCGAUUACCCCGAAGCAGACGUGUUACUGAGUAACACGGCAAAACUGCUGAUUGUAAGGCAUCCGUUCGAAAGACUGCUCAGCGCAUACCGUGACAAAUUGGAGAAUUCCGUAGCCGGUAGGGAGCACGGAAGCCUCCACUUCUACAAACGCUACGGAGAGUCCAUAGUCCGAAAGUAUCGAGACAAAAACCGACCAACGCCGAGCAGCAACCAAGUGAUUCGCCGAGCAGGUCUACCAGCUCCAGCAGGAAUCGAGCCAACCUGGCGCGAAUUCGUCGACUACCUGAUCAACACGGACCUCGCGAGUUACGCCGACGACCACUGGACGCCUUACUAUCUUUAUUGCACGCCCUGUCUGAUUAAUUACGACAUUAUUGCCAAGGUGGAGACUUUAUGGCGCGACCAGGCCUACGCGAUUCAUCAGUUGGGUCUCGACCAGCAGAUAAGGCCUCGUUGGAGACACAGCACAUCUAAUAAUGUCACCGACGCUGCUACCGUCUACUUUAGCCAGCUGACCAAGGAACAUGUGCGAAAACUCCACGAAAAGUUCAGGCUGGACCUGGAGAUGUUCGGAUACGAUGCUGAGAGGUACUACGAGUUGGCAACGGCAACUUCGUAAAGGACUAAGUAAUGAGAUGGUUUUGGUUGGAGAAGUGCGCUAUGUGAUAAAGUGCAAGCUUUGUAAAUAUAGAAUUAAGGUUUAGAUGUAUUAAAAUGUUUGAAAGAUUUUUUAUAAA